AUGUGGACCGCCGAUGAGAUUGCUCAGCUGUGUUACACACACUACAGAACCAAGCUGCCCAAGCAAGGCAAGCCGGAGGCCGGUCGUGAGUGGACGUUGCUGGCAGCGGUGGUGAAGAUACAGUCUACAGCGGACGGGGCCUCUGACUCCCCUGACAAGUCAGUGCCGGUGAGGAAGGAAGUUGUCUCAAUGGGAACGGGAACAAAAUGCAUAGGCCACUCCAAAAUGAGGACAAGCGGAGACAUCAUCAAUGACAGCCAUGCUGAGGUCAUAGCCAGAAGGAGCUUCCAAAGGUACCUUCUCCAUCAACUCCUUCUGGCCUUCCUGGAGGAGGACAGCAUCUUUUUCCCAGGAUCUCGGACAGGACAGUGGAAGCUCAGACCAGGCCUCUGUUUUGUGUUUUUCUCCAGCCAUACUCCCUGUGGUGAUGCCUCCAUCAUUCCAAUGCUGGAGUUUGAAGACCAGCCUUGCUGCCCUGUCAGCAGCGAUUGGGCCAACAACCCAUCUGUGGAGGUCACCGGUAACUGUGAAGCUCCUGAAAAGAAAAGGAAAUGUGAGAGUCCUGACAGUCCUGUACCCAAAAAGAUGAAGUCUGAGCCUGAAACCCCUGCCAGGGAAGUGGCCAGUGGUGUCACACGGCAGCAGGAAAGUGUCCCAACCACCCCAGCUGUCAGCAGCUCUGAUCCUGCCCCAGAGGGACUGUAUGCUGUGUCCCCAAGUGGUGCCAAGGUGGUGGACGUUUAUAGAACUGGAGCCAAAUGUGUGCCUGGGGAAGCUGGAGACUCAGGGAAGCCGGGGGCUGCGUAUCACCAGGUAGGGCUGCUUCGAAUAAAGCCAGGCCGGGGUGACAGAACCUGCUCCAUGUCCUGCAGUGACAAGCUGGCUCGCUGGAACGUUCUCGGAUGCCAGGGGGCACUGUUGACGCAUUUCCUGGAAGAACCCAUCUACCUGUCAGCUGUGGUGAUCGGGAAAUGCCCUUACAGCCAGGAAGUCAUGCAGAGAGCCCUGAUUGAGAGGUGUAGAAAUGUCUCAGAUUUACCCAAAGGCUUUAGAGUUCAAGAGCUGAAAAUCCAGCAGUCUGAUCUUCUGUUUGAACAGAGUCGCCAUGCAGUGCAGGCAAAAAGGGCUGACAGCCCGGGCCGGCUCGUUCCCUGUGGGGCAGCCAUCAGCUGGAGUGCAGUUUCUGAGCAGCCCUUGGAUGUUACUGCCAACGGCUUCCCACAGGGGACAACGAAGAAAGCCAUCAGCAACCUUCAGGCCAGAUCUCGAAUCAGCAAAGCGGACCUCUUUAGAUCAUUUCAGAAGCUGCUGAGCAGUAUUUCCGAGGACCAGUGGCCAGACUCCCUCAGGGGGCAGAAGCUAGAGACAUACCUGGACUACAAGGAGGCCGCGUCCACUUACCAGGAAGCCUGGCUUGCACUCCGGAGGCAGGCAUUCGGAGCCUGGAUCAGGAACCCACGGGAUUAUCACCAGUUUAAAUGA